GAGAUCAGUCAGAGCAAAAGAGAAAAGGUGUAAAAGACAUACUCCACAUCAGAUCGAAUCGUGGCGUACUGAAAUAUACGCAAAAUCGAUGGUUUAAAUAAAUAAAUAAAUGAGUUUUCGGUGCGCGUCGAAAGUGCAGUGCGCGAUUUCUGUAUCAGUAUCCGCCAUAAUAAUGCCCAAAAGCAUAAGACAAAAAUCUGAAAAAAUAUUUCGAAUAUAACCUGCAGCAAGCGGCAGCAGAAAACUCAUUAAUUUUCAAAAUUUCACCCAAAACCAAAAAAUAAAACAAAUGAACGUAUCUCACGGAUACGAAAUUCGGUGUGCGGCUGUAAUUUUAAACGCAUUUCUUGCGCUUGUUUUGACAUUGAAAUGAAACAACAAUAACAAUCGGAUAAUUGAAACGGAGAAAACCCACGCCAACGGAUAUACACCUGCCGUGCAAAACAAAAAUUCCAAAUUAAAAAAUUGAAAACAAAAAUUGAUCUAACUAAAUCAAGGAGCUUGGAGAACUCAGGGAUUGCGUUAAGAUGACCACGCGUGGAAUUCGACGCAAGAAGUCCACAUUGACGGAGUUGAAAAUCGCCGUGAUUGGAGCGCCCAGUGUUGGCAAAAGCGCUCUAGUGGUGCGUUUCCUCACAAAGCGUUACAUCGGGGAGUACGACCAUCAGACUGAGAAUCGCUACAAGCACGAGGCUAUGGUGGAUGGUGAACCGGUGCUCUUCGAAAUACUAGACACAUGUCCCAAGGCUGAAGACGAAUACCCCAAUGCAGCGGAGCUCGUGCAGUGGGCCGAUGGCCUCCUGCUGAUCUACUCCAUCACAGAUCGCAAGAGUUUCAACUACAUACGCCGUGCCAAAUCCGAUCUACAGUCCGAUACGCCCGUCCAACUCUGUGCCAAUAAAGUGGACAUGGUGCACCUGCGCCAGGUGAGCCGCGACGAGGGCGAGAUCCUGGCCAAGGACUUUGAGUGCAAGUUCAGCGAGGUCUCCGCCGCCGACCACGUGGACCAGGUGGCCGAGGUCUUCAACGAGCUGUGCAAGGAGGUGCUGGCCUCCAAGCGCAAGUCCAAGCAGAGUCUGCUCGAGAGGAUGCUCGGCGGAGCACGACCCUACAGCCGAGGGAAGAGCGACAGCAAUUUGCCAAAAGACUGAUAGCGGUGAUGGGAUCUUUUUAUGUAAAUAAAUGUACAUUUUUCUAUAAAUCAAACGGAA